UCGGUAUCACCUAUGUAGUCUUUGCGACCUGACAAUUCCAACAUGGCGGCGUCCACAAACGUGGUUAGCCCGUAACUUUCAAGAAAAAUCAGAGUUUUAUGCAAUUAUCUGUAAGCCAUAUACAUCCAGGGACCGCUGCAUAAUCUCGGUCCUUUCUUAUUCUUGAUACCCGUGGAUUGGGAAAGGAGAUUUAAUCAUCACCAUGGCAACACGACUGCUGCGUAUUCUCCACCUGAGACAGCAAGCGUUAACUCUCUGGAAACGGUUGACAGUGUCAGUAUGGACAGGUUACGUGAACAGGACACUUCUGUUGAGAAGAUUGCCCAGUAGUACUACAGCAGUCCACAGUCAACACACGGAUGUAGAAAGCGGUGUAGCAGUAGCAACCGAAGGCUCACAAAAUACAGACUUGGAAACACAAAGGUUCACCUUGGAGACAAGGUUAAGAAAUGCACAGCGUCUAGAAGACAUCUGGAAGGAGGUAAACGAUGAAGGCAUGACCGGAGACAACGCAGUUCUCGCCAUCUCCAAGUUGCACAGCUUCACGCAAACCAUGAAGGACGAGGGAGUAACGAACGACUUGAUUCUUCAAGAUCCGAACUUCCUAGUCCUGUGUAAUGUCGCAAAUGACAGCGUGACCAAGAUGUUCACGGGCAGCCUACUUUCGAUGCUCAGGAACUUGCUCCUGAUUGGUAUGAACCCAGAGAGCAAGAUAAUCAAGUCCCUGGAGACAGAGAUCCGCUGGCGCAUGCGGAGACUGAACAUGUACCACCUGUGCUUCCUGGCACAGUUCCCCAUGCACGGCAGUUCCACCACGGAGAGCCAGAAGGAGCUCAUGAGCGAGGUGCUGCGCAAUCUGGACAUGCGGUGGACGGAGCUCCGCGAGGCUCGGUCCGUGGUCCAGCUGAUGGUCAGCGUGGGGCACCUCUCCACUGGCCUGAUGGAGAAGCUAGAAGACAAAGUACUGGAGAUGGCAGAACAGCUGACACAGGAAGAGACCGCGAGAGUGCUGCAGGUCCUGGCCAAUCGCGGCCGGCGGACAGUCCCGCUACUCCGCGCCCUCGCAUACCACCUGUCCCGCCGACAGUUCCGUCUGGACACGGACGUCGCCUCCACCGUGGCGUACGCCUUCGCCAACCUGAACUUCCCGAACACGGCAGUUCUACAGAAGAUGUCGGGGGAACUGGUAGAACAGGUGCCGCAGCUGAAACCCCCCACAGUCAUCAGCUUUGCCAAGUCCUACUCCUACCUGAAGUGGCACCACCAGCCUCUCAUGGACGCCAUGGCUGCUUACGUCCUCACAAACCUCAAGUUUCUCUCAGAAGAACAGGUGGCAAACUUUUUGCUGGCAUUUGGCAGGCUAAACUUCACUCCAAGCAGUGCCGAUGAGUUCUUUGAGCAGGUUGUCCCCUAUGUGACAGAAGGUCUGUCCUCCUUACCCAAGUGGAUGCAGCUGGACCUGGUGUGGUCUCUGGCCAUCCUCGGCAGACUGACCCCAGCACUGGUGGCCAAAGUACUGACCCCAUCCUUCUACAUGUCACUUACAGAAGGACUGUCCUUCAAGGCACAGUCCGCUCUGCUGAAGAUCCUCCACAUUCACACCACCGUCCAGCAGGAACUGACCGGCUACUCCGGCCCCCUGCUGACCACUGAGUUCUGCCACCCCAGUAAGAUCCACGUCAGCCCCGGGAAGAACAACAAGGCAGCGUUACCUGUGGUGGACACCAUCGCAACGGUGGUGGGCGGGCUGCACAAGCUACGGUCUGAAGUCGUCACUCCGUACGGGUGGACUAUUGAUUGUGAGUUUGUGCUGGACAAAGACAACCGAGGGCUGACUGUUCACGAGUACCAGGCUGACCACAUCCCAGGGGACCAAUCAGAACUGACGACACUACCAGAUGGAAGCCACAGGUUUGCGACGCUGGUGUGGGAGUAUGGGAACUACUGUCACCAAAGUAAGAAACUGCUUGGCAGGUUCUCCAUGUGCAGACGGCAUCUUCAGGCUGCCAACUUUACCUUACUAGAGAUACCAUUUUACGAGUGGAAAGAGCUAAAGUCAGAGUUCCAGCGGGUAGAGUAUAUCAAGGACAAGAUACGUAAGGCUAUAGCAGAGGAGGCUGUUAAUGUAUUAUAGCCAGCAUAUACAACAUAACAAAGUAACAAGAAAUCUGUGAACAAAAAUAGAGUUUGGUAUUAUAAUGUUCAAAUGUUAGGAUAUUGCGAACAGUUCUAAGGGUUAUCCCAUUUGAUUAAGGGGGGUGAUCACCUUGCAUAUCAAAUCCUAUCUGUCUUACAGUCACUUAUAUUAUGUACUGGACCACUCCUCUGGCAUUUUCAUGGAAUAGACCUUAAUUUUCAGUUAGGACAGAAUUAGUAUUCAGCAGUGACUUUGGACAUGCAUUCUCAAAGUAGGAUAAUGUUACCACUACCAGGGCUAUUACAAUCAAAAUCAAGAUUAAGUUACUUCAAUUUUUCUGCUCACAGUCUGCUCUAUCUAAAUGAUGUAGGAUACACGACAUAGUACUAUACUGUGUGUGCAGUUGUCAAUAAUACAUCUAUGGAAUUAAAAUGUCUGUUAAAACCUGAA